CAGCGCACCCCUGAAAGCUACGAUUCUGCUGUUUGUGACCUAGGGGAAGACAGUCAAGUUGUCAGAGGCAUCAAGAAAUGAUGGACUUGGAGCAAACGUUUAUACGCAGCGCUAUCAAUGAGGUCUUACCUGACCUUCCAGAGAUGACAAAAGACAUUCUAGAGGAAACCUUACAAUCCCUUGGUGUAGAGACUUAUGAUGAUUUUCAGUUCAUUGAGGAGGCAGAUUUGCUGUCUGCAUUGAGGCCGAUACAAGCCAGAAAAGUCCUUGCAACUUGGAAGCUGAGAUGCCAGACUCCUGAAACAAGCAGCUCAUCGGUUUGUGCCUCUCCGGGACCUCCCACAUCUUUGCCUUCGGGUUCACCCCUAAGUUCAACCGCGACCUCUUCAAACAGCUGUCCAAGCCCCGACAUAGACUGGUUAAAUUACUUCAUCAUACCAUGGGACAAAUUCUCAGAGGAACUGAUGCAGUCACUAGAAAGAGGAAAACGACCAAGUCCACGACUAAGGAGGGAGAUGGUCAGAAUUGUGGUCCGUGAGAUGAUGCAAAAAAAGUCUUGCAUAAGUAAUAAGCACACUACUGCAGUUGCUCAAAAGAUGGUGGCAAAAUAUCCUAAAUCUUUACAAGAUGUCAUAGAAGGCGACGUUAUUGGGCCAGGUUAUCAUUCUCUAGCCAAGCAAAUGCAAAAUAGGAUCGAGAAUGCGAGGCGAUCUACGACUCCAAAAAUAAGAAAAAGAAAGCAUCGCACUGAAGAUUCAGACACAGAGGAAGUCGCUAUGGAGCAGAGAGCAGCAAUCAGGGAUACGUAUGGGUGUAUUAAAUGGGAUAUGAAAUUCUUGCCUCUUGGAGAGACCCCAGAGACUCAGCAGGAGAAGAAAGAGAAAUUGAAGAGGAUGUCUCAGCAAACUGAUGCAAAUACAGAAGAAGUCAAACGUCUGAUGAAGAUGACUUUCUACACACAAUGUAAACAAAUCAACGAAGGGAAAAAUCUCAAAUACCUCCUUGAAGAGUGGCCAUUUUUGUUCAAUGAACUUGGCAUGACGGUUCACUUUCAGGAGCUUACCGGAAUCAGUCUCAAAGAAACCUUCACGCGGAAUGUAGAUCUGAAGGGGAAAAGGCUCCUGAAUUACAUGAAUAUGGUCUGUGUCACCAAGAACAAAAGGUUCCUUCAGUCUCUCACAAAGUUAAAAAUGAUGAGGGGAGACCUAAAUGGUUGCUCUGAAGAUGUUAAGGAGAUGGUGCUGCUUCUCCUGUCCUACUUUGAUGAGAAGGAAGAUGCGAUGUUCUAUCAUGUGGAGGACACAGGCCUGGCUGUGGAAGUACAGAUGGAUCAGAUUCCCUUGACACCCACCAUUGUUGUGUGUGGACGAUCCUGCUUUUCUUCAAGACGGUUCAUGAUGAAUGUGGAUCAAAACAUCGUAUGUGACAACAUCCCCUUCUUCAUCUCUGCCCUGUGCAUGCUGUUUGGAAGCUAUUAUUGCUUGAACAUCCAUUACCCUAUAGCGCUGGCAUCAACCCUGGAGUUUCUGCAGAGAUGUUUUUUCUCCAUCAACCCAGAGAAGGGCACUAAAGUGGAGAAGACAAGCACAUCCCGUCUUCAUGUGAACCCUCGAGUCAUCACCUUGAUUCAGGAGCUUUCGGAUCAUGAGUGGCGUGAUGUCUGAACAUGGACUUAAAAGAGUGAGAUUUGUGGCACGUCAUGUGCCCCCUAGUCAUUUUAAAGGUUUGCUUCGGCUCGCUCUUGUUAUCGAGUUCGUAGACUGUAUUUGUAGACCAGUAUUUUUUUUGUUUGUGUCAUUUACAAGUAUUUUGUUACUCGAUGUGAGGGAACUAGUUUAGAUACGAGAGCAUACACGCUAGUGAGGAAAUGAUUAACUUUUGAGGAUUCGAAUAAUAAGUUACCUAAAAAAAAUAAAAGCCAAAUUUAAAGAAAAUGUAACAAGACAACUUUAAUAAGAAGUCUAUUCCCUUUGUUACACGCUCUAUAUUUCAGUUCUACUAGCAUGAUCCUAAAUCUGUCAUUCUCUCCAUUUUAUUAUUUGUGAGGUUCUUGUUUGGAAAAAAUGUAUGUGAUGUGAAUAUGGACAGAUCAUUUUGUUCACUGCUUUGAAAAAAAGAAUUCCCUUGAACGAAGCAAUUUUUCUAGAUGUUCUGUUUUAAACACAACAACUGUUAAGAUAUAAGUUCAAAUGCUA